AUGUCGACCACUCCCGCCCAGCCAUCCGCGAAGCAAAGGUUCGAAACACUGGCAAAGAGCCAAAUCUAUUGGCGUAAAGUUUUGAAAUCUGCGAAAUCUGAGCUCAACUUGCCAAGCUCGUGCUUUCACGUUCAUGCACUGCUAAACAAAACUCCAUCAAUUCCAUGCGUCCAAAGCGUUCCUGACAUAGCAGAUUACACUCUCGAAUUAGAAGGGUUUGCAGAAUGGAAUAUCUCCAGCCAGUCUGGAUGUAGUCUUGAUUCUAGUACGAAGCAGUCCCGCUCUCAAAAGGCUGUCAUUGGCAUUGAUGAGCCGAACUUCUGUAAACUCGGAGCAGCGCCGGCGACAAAUGAACUCGAUCCAUGUUUUCCCGCGAACUUCCUUGCGAUCCUGUCACUCGGUUGGUCUUACAUCUUUUCCUCUAAACUUUGCGAGUUGCGUGGCAAGACUGCUGCCGACCGCGUCAGCUACACGGACACCAAGGCAGCAGUGCGCGAAAGAGCUAGUAUGGCAACCAAGAACUCUUUGCCCGUUUACAUGCCCGACGGCAUAUCCUAA